AUGGACCGGAACUACAGUCGGCGGCCGAAUCAUGAGAGGGAGCGACCAUUCUCAGACUCCAGAGGCCGUGGAGGAAGAGACUCUUCUUGGCGAGGCGGAGAGAGCGGCGGGGGAGGGAGCAAUACCCCGAACAUAGUGAGGGCUUACCACGAGGGCAACGUUGAGUACAGGUCAUCACAGCCAUCGGCAGGCUCGGAUAGGAACCAACCUGAUAUGAAGAACGUGGGAGUGAGGGUUUCCGCUCGUCAAGACGGACUGAUUCUGGGUAUGGGGCAAGGGCCUCGAGUUUCAAGGGCCCAAACGAGCGAAAGAAGUCAAGAAGUGGUUAGCGACGAAGAUGAUUCGAAGGUCUUGCAGGAUGCCGGAUUGAACAUCUCCUUGUUUGACAACUGCACAGAGUUUGAGGCACAAAUGUUGAGAAAUCAGAUUGAAUAUUUGAAGAAGGUCGGCAAGGAAGAAACAUUUCAUCGUGGGAGGUUUCGUCGGUAUUGCUGGGAUAUAGAUGACUGGAUGGAGGAAUGGAUCGAGAGGCCGCAACAGUAUGUUGCAACAGACAAAAAGUCAUUGGACGCCCUGAAGAAAGAAGCGCAGAAUUUCUUCUCUGAAGUGCAGGUCUUCUGGUCUAGAAAGCGUGUUGAUGCUGAUCCAAACGUGUACGACAGCGAGCAGGCGGAGUAG